CAUCUCUCUCACUGUGUGUUGCAGUUUCUAUGCAGACUUUGGGCCCCUCAACCUGGCCAUGCUGUACAGAUACUGCUGGAAACUCAACAAGAAGCUGAAGUCUUUCACAAUGUCUAGAAAGAGCCUGGUUCACUACACCAGCUACGACCAGAAGAAGAGAGCCAAUGCUGCUGUUCUGAUUGGUGCCUAUGCUGUGAUGUAUCUGAAGAGAAGCCCAGAAGAUGCCUACAGGACUCUGAUAGCAGGAAACAGCACAGGCUACAUGCCGUUUAGAGACGCAGCGGUUGGAGAGUGCUCUUUUAACCUCACCGUGCUAAACUGCUUACAAGGAAUCAACAAGGCAUUACAACAUGGUUUCCUGGAUUUUGAAAGGUUCAGUGCAGAAGAAUAUGAACAUUAUGAGCGAGUUGAAAAUGGAGAUAUGAACUGGAUCGUUCCGGGCAAAGUUCUGGCGUUCAGUAGCCCUCAUUCUCGUGGUUAUCCCCUCCACACACCCGAGGCAUACUUCUCAUACUUUUGCCAAAAUGACAUAACGACCGUGGUUCGUCUGAACAGGACGUUGUAUGAUGGCAGGCGGUUUGAGGAUGCAGGAUUUGAGCACCACGACCUCUUCUUCCUUGAUGGGACCACGCCCUCUGACCUCAUCGUCAGACGCUUUCUGCAUGUGUGUGAAAGUACAGACGGGGCAGUGGCGGUGCACUGUAAAGCUGGAUUAGGCCGCACGGGCACUCUGAUUGGCUGCUACCUGAUGAAGCACUUCCGGUUUACUGCAGCCGAGGCGAUUGCUUGGAUCAGAGUCUGCAGACCUGGAUCUAUCAUCGGUCCACAGCAAAACUUCUUAGAAGAGAAGCAGCACAGUUUGUGGGUUCAGGGUGACGUGCAUCGGUCUAAACAGAAGCUGGUCCAACAGAGACUGAGUCGGCAGCAGCAGCUGUGCUCUUGGCUCGUGAGCCAAAGCCAACCAGCUGAUCAUCCUCAGAGGCUUCUGCAGCAACACUUACUCUGCUGGUCUCGUAGCUCAGAAGAGUUUUUAUCUCUGCAAAGCUGA